AUGGAUUGUAGUUGGAUGAGAGCUAAUCGAUUAAGUGAUGAGUACGAACAUGGGGUGAUGGAAUUUCUUGAGUUUGCUGAAAGUAAUGCUAAAAAAGAUCUUCCUCCUCCUAAAAGUAAUGCUGAAGAUAGUCACCCUACGCUUUUUUUCUGUCCAUGUGUUCGUUUUGCAAAUAAAGAACCAAAGCUUAGUAAGAAAAAAAUCAUGGAUCAUCUAAUUUGUGAAGGAAUUUGUCAAAACUAUACACAAUGGAUAUGGCACGCUGAAGUGGUAGAAAAUUCAAAUGUGUCCCAAAGAGAUAAUGUUAGUGUAGAAAUGGAUGAUCGUCUGGAAGACAUGAUGUGUGAUAUUGGACAAGAUUCGUUUAAGAGGGCACAUGCGUAUGAUAGUUUAUGCAAUGACAAGGAUACACCUUUGUACCCGGGAUGCACAAAUUUUACACGUUUGUCAGCCGUGUUAAAAUUGUUUAAUCUGAAGGCAAUUAACGGGUCGACUGACAAUUUUUUUACCGAAUUGCUUGAAUUGUUGACACAAAUGCUUCCAGAAGGUAACUUACUUCCAAGUCGUUAUUACGAGGCGAAGAAAAUACUGUUUCCGAUGGGUUUGGAGUAUGAAAAGAUACAUUGCAAGGCGUCACGCUACAAAAAGAGACAUGGUGAAUCUAGUGAUGAUGAUGAGGUCAAAAAGGGUCCUCCUGCGAAAGUGGUAUGGUACCUACCAAUAAUUUCAAGGUUCAAGAGAUUAUUCGCUAAUGCAAACGACGCAAAGAAUCUUAGACGGCAUGCAGAAGAAAGAAAAUGUGAUGGACAAAUCCGCCAUGUAGCUGAUUCUUUGCAAUGGAAGAAAAUAGAUUCUUUGUUUCCAAAUUUUGGCAAAGAGUCGAGAAACCUUAGACUUGGACUUUCUACUGAUGGAAUGAAUCCGUUUGGUAAUCUAAAUACUAACCAUAUUUCUUGGCGUGUUCUUCUGAUGAUUUACAAUCUAUCUCCUAGGUUGUGCAUGAAGCGUAAAUAUGUGAUGUUAUCCAUGAUGAUUUCGGGCCCAAAACAAUCAGGAAACGACAUAGAUGUUUAUCUAAGUCCACUGAUCGGUGAUUUAAAAGUGUUGUGGGAGGAAGGGGUGGAUGUUUUCGAUGCGCAUUCUGGUGAACAGUUCAAUAUGCGUGCCAUGUUGUUUUGCACCAUCAACGAUUUUCCGGCAUAUGGCAAUUUGUCUGGGUAUAAAGUUAAAGGGCAUAAAGCGUGUCCUAUAUGUGAAAAAGACACAUGUUACCAUCAGCUUGAAAAAGAAAAGAAGACUGUUUAUCUCGGGCAUCGAAAAUUUCUAAAUCGUUAUCAUCCAUAUCGUAGAUUGGGGAAAUCUUUCAAUGGGGAACAAGAGUAUGGUGUUGCUCCAAAGCCCUUAACUGGAGAGGAAGUUUAUCAACGACAACAGGGCAUUACUGCUAUUUUUGGAAAGUACCAAAAGCGGCCUAUUAUGAAUAAUAUAUGGAAAAAGAGGUCAGUUUUCUUCGAUCUUCCAUAUUGGUCUAGUCUUGAGGUAAGACACUGUAUUGAUGUGAUGCACAUGGAGAAAAAUGUAUGUGAUAGUGUAAUCGGAACACUUCUCAACAUUCAAGGCAAGACAAAGGAUGGUAUUAAUGCUCGUCUAGAUUUGGGCGUGAUGGGUAUACGAGAAGAGCUAACUCCACAAUAUAUAGGUAACAAGACGUAUUUGCCUCCUGCCUGCUACACUUUGUCGAAAAAAGAGAAAACAAGUUUUUGUGAGUGUUUAGAAAGUAUCAAAGUGCCGCAUGGUUACUCAUCAAAUGUCAAGAGGCUUGUAUCGGUUAAAGAUCUCAAAUUAGUUGGCUUAAAAUCUCAUGACUGUCAUGUCUUAAUGCAACAACUACUACCAGUGGCUAUUCGUGGGAUAUUGCCUAACAAUGUUAGGAAGACUAUAACUAGGUUGUGCGUGUUUUUCAAUGCAAUUUGUUGCAAAUCCAUUGAUCCAUUAAAGUUAGAAGAUUUAGAAAAUGAGGCUGCAGUUAUCUUGUGCCAAUUAGAGAUGUUUUUUCCUCCUUCAUUUUUUGACAUUAUGGUUCACUUAAUUGUUCAUCUAGUAAGGGAGAUUAGAUUAUGUGGUCCAAUUUUUUUACGGUGGAUGUAUCCAAUAGAGCGAUACAUGAAGAUCCUAAAAGGGUAUACCAAGAACCCACACCGUCCGGAAGCAUCGAUUAUUGAGAGGUACAUUGCAGAAGAAGCAAUUGAGUUUUGUUCUAACUAUUUGUCGGAAGUGAAUGCUGUAGGGGUUCCCAAGUCUCGUCAUGAUGGAAGAUGUGAGGGUGUGGGUACACAAGGCUUAAAGAUCAAGAGCUUAAGUAUUGAUGUGGUUGUUCAAGCGCAUUUGUAUAUAUUGAAUAACACGGAUGAAGUUCAACCUUACUUAUCUGCUCACAAAAGCAUCAUAAAGAAAAAGUACCCCAAGAUGAGUGAAAGAGGGUUGUUAAAAGAGCAUAAUAAGAGUUUCUCUGAGUGGUUUAAAGAAAAAAUUGCUGGUAAUGAUAGUGCUUCAAAAACAAUUAAGUGUUUGUCCUAUGAGCCUAAAUGUAACAUAAUAACUUGGCGUGGAUAUGAUAUUAAUAAAACUUCCUUUUAUACAAAGGCAAAGGAUGACCGUAGUACCACGCAAAAUAGUGGGGUUAUGAUUGUGGCCGAGUCCAUGCACUUCUCUAGUGCUAAAGAUAAAAACCCGGUUAUGGCAUCUACACCCUACUUUGGGGUGAUUGAAGAGAUUUGGGAAGUUGAUUAUGUUGGGUUAAAAGUUCCUGUAUUUAAAUGCAAAUGGGUUGAUAUCAAUAGUGGUGUAAGAAUUGAUGAAUUUGGAGUUACAUUGGUUGAUCUUAGCAAGUUAGCUUAUGCGGACGAACCUUUCAUAAUGGCAUCUCAAGCAAAACAAGUUUUUUAUGUCACAGAUCCUUGUAAUAAAAGGUGGUCAGUUGUUCUACAAGGAAAGGUGCAUGAUAGUGAUGAAAAUCAAGAUGCGAAUCUUGAUAUUUUCGAAACUCCUCCUUUCUCAACAAAUGUGUCUACCUUCAUUGAAGAAGAUGUAGAGGAUGAUGUGCAUGCUAUUCGCAUACAUCAUGAAGAAGGGAUAUGGGAGAACUAG